CUCGUACGAGCAAAAGCGAGUGUUUGAAAGCUGACAGACUAUUUUCCGGUCAUCACAAUCAGUUGGUAUUGUUCUCGUCCUUGUAAGUGUUUUGCAUUCGCCAAACAGUCCUUAGGAAAAUAAUAGACUGCUGUGUUGUGGGCCGUGUAGAAGAAGUUUAUGUUGUGAGUCUCAAAGUGUGAAAGCCAGUCGUGUUUUUUCUUUGGUACCAGAGUUUCUGAGUGGUUCAAUCCACGCACCAGGCAUACCUGGAAGAACUCGUUCAACUAGCCAGCCUACUAGUAAUAUCGCCUAUCAUUUGCCAACAACUACCUGUAUAUGGUGCUGUGGUAGAUGGUUGAUUGCUCACUGAUGUAAACACGAAACGUGCAAGAACUUAGAGCCGGUGCGAAGAUCAUGGGGUUACCAAUACUGCUGCGUAUGCUUGGUUGGGUCAGGGCGAUCAUGGAAUCGCUGAUGUCUGUAUUUUCUGCUCUGAGCCCGUCAGCAUCCCAGUCCGUCAGUGUGGACAAAAUCGAUCCUGAAGACAGGGGUGAAGAUUAUGAUAAUAGCCUGCUCUUACUCUCAGCCACCCAGCUGAGUAAGAGAAUCCGAGAAGGCAGCGUUAGCUCGCAGAAAGUGGUUGCUACAUACAUCCGCCGUGUGCGUCGUGUAAACACUCACUUGAAUGCGAUGGUAUUGGACACAUUCGAUAGUGCGACGGCGGAGGCACGCAAGGUGGAUGCCAGCCUGGCAGAUGGCACGGCGCCCAGCCGGCAGUUCUGUCCUCUCUAUGGCGUGCCGUUCACGUGCAAGGAGUGCUUCGCUGUGCAAGGCUUGCCGAACACGGCCGGACUCUGCCGACGUCGGGACAUAAUGGCCGAAGCCGAUGCACCCGUUGUACGGAGGCUUCGCGCAGCGGGUGGCAUCUUGAUAGGCAUCAGCAAUGUCAGCGAGCUCUGCCUCUGGUACGAAUGCCACAACCCUCUGUAUGGCCGCAGUAACAAUCCGUACAAUGCUCAGUGCACACCGGGUGGAAGCUCGGGAGGUGAGGCUGCCCUUGUGGGAGCUGGUGCGUCCAUGAUUGGUGUCGGCUCAGAUGUGGGAGGUAGCAUCAGGAUGCCGGCGUUCUUUUGCGGCGUUUUCGGACACAAACCGUCGCCAGGUCUCGUGCCGAACGACGGCCAAUACCCUUGCGCUACCAAUGCGCACAGUCGUAAGAUGUUGACUACUGGACCGAUUUGUCGCUAUGCGGAGGAUCUGGAACUCAUGCUGAAGAUUAUGGCCACUGAUCCUGCCGAUAUUCAAUGUCUCACCGGUCAUGGUUUCUCUUGCGAUGAGCAGAGUUUCUUGCCACAGGCUGAGUGUUGUGACUCGCUUGUAGCACCCACCGAUGAUGUUAGUGAUAGCAAUGCCAGUGUAGGGAUUAGCCUGCAGCGAGCAGCUUCCAAGUUUUUAGGCGAUUCCGAUCACGUCUCAUCGCAUUCCGACUGGCCUGUCAUGCACGCUGCAGCCGUUGCCGCCUUGUGUAGCGAUCAGGUUGCGCCUGUUGAUCUCUCCUCGCUGCACUAUAUCUCUAUCCUUGAUGCUCACACGGCAACCACUGUCCUCCAGUCUCCGCUAGCACAGGAGCUGGCCGACGUACAGCAGCGCGUCAACAAGGCACUGGCAGAUCGCUUCAGUGUUACUGUAAAGGAGACCAGCUUGAGGAAGCUGCGGUGCACCUCGGACCUAUGGUCCGUUGGCAUGGCGGAGCUUGGUGGUCCGGACAUGUCUCAGCGUCUUUAUGAUCUCUCCUACAAUCAUGCCGGUGCAUGGCCAUCCGUGAAGGAACUAUGCAAGUGGUGUGUUGGGCAGUCCAACCACACUUUUAUUGCCAUUCUGACUGCCCUGCUUAGCUCUCAGAUUCGCAACAUACCGGAGUCCAAACUGUUGAAAAUGCGGCAGAUCCGCAGUUCGCUGGAGAGCGAGCUCGAGCAAUUGAUCGGAGAGAAUGGCGUGCUCAUCUUCCCGUCGCAUCCCACGCUAGCCCCGUAUCACAACUACCCGCUGAUAACGCCAAUGAACUACGCUUACACGGCCUUGUUCAACCUGACCGGUAUGCCCGUGACACAGUGCCCGCUGGGACUGAGCGCCGACGGUCGGCCACUUGGCGUUCAGAUCGUAUCACUGCAGGGCAACGAUCGCAUCACCAUUGCCGUUGGCCAGUUCCUGCAAGAGGCGUUCGGCGGCUGGUCGCCACCAGGUGGCGUCUAGUUUUACUACUGAUUUAUUAAGUAGCUGCAUUUCCAUUACCCACACACUUGAUUGGCAGGCCCAGGCUGUGCCUUGAAAGGUUUUUUCCUAUGCUUGCAUGGCUUCAUACUGUUCACUGCGCUUCGAAGAAGUAUCACUAAAUUUAUUCUACUUUUUGAAGUACCAAAUUUAUUUUUAACUCUAUUCCAUAAAAUCCCCGAGCUUGUAUAUUAUUUACCCCUCGUCUCAAACUAGGCUGCCAAAGUUUUGCAGGAGAGCUCUGCCUGUGUCUACCGUGCAUAUUUGAGCAUAAGUUAACAUGUACAUGUACCACUCCGUCCUGCUCCUUGGUGCUGGUCACUCAGAAUGAUAGCCGUGGACAGCCAUCAUUCUCUUCUUUUGUUCUGCCUUCUCUCGCUUUAGCUACUUUAAUUAUGUCAUGUUUGUUCUGGAUUCAGCUGACCCUCUUCAAUCCUCUCUCUCUCUCUCUCUCUCUCUCUCUCUCUCUCUCUCUCUCUCCUUAGUGCCUGCUGGUUUUGAGAAAAGAGAUUGCUAGUUUUACUUUCCCCUUUUGUCUGGUCUGAUUCUUUCCUGCUCGACAGUUGAUUAGGCGUAUUGCUGCAGCCGUGGUGCAUAUACCAAUGUUUUGGUGAGGGCUCAAUGUCUGCCUCAACCACUGUUUAUCUGGUGUGCUGUACUGCAAAUUAUUAUUAUUUUUGCAAUUUUAUGGUGGAUCGUGCAUGCAGCUCAUACGGCUCCUCUGUACCUCCUUCUACCCAUG